AUGGGAAGAAAGGGGCAGACAACAGCCUCCAUGGAGGUUGCUGCCAUCGUGGAAGCCGAGCUUGAUGCUCAGCACAAGUUGUGGGACUCCCAAAUUCAGGAGGUCCAGGCAGCGGUGAUGGCGCUAGCGGUACAGCAAGCGGCGGUUCAGUCAAAUAUGUCAGAGGUGCAAAAAUCUUUAGCCGCUCACCAAGAUCAGAACAUCGCUUUCCAAAAGUCGAUGUUGGAAGAGAUCCGCGCUCUGUGCACCCGAAACUCACCGCCCGUAUCGACCCAAGCAGAACGUAUUACGUCUACUAGACCACCACCACAUAGCAAGAUCUUGUCUUCAUCGGCAACCACGCUAGGAUCUCCGGGAGCCAUGGCAACGACGGGGGGUAUUUUCUCGACCAAUCACACCUUCACGGCACCUAAUCACCCAAUAUUUGCUGGUGCCGGACCCGAUUUGGGAUUCUUGGCGUCAAAUCCGUUUAUUCCACCUUCGAUUGUUCUCCUAGGAACAUCGACUAUGGGGUCACCAGUGUUGCAACCCCAGAUGCCAAUACCUCAAUAUUCUCAGCCACCACUAAGAACAACGGAGAACCAUCCGCUGUUUGGAGUACACACCACUCAUUCGGGACCGUUCAUGUCACCAGGACCACACAUCCCCUAUCACUCAGCAUCUCAAAUGAUGCCGAUAAGCUCAAGACCUCAUUCUCCCCAUUUUUCUAACAUGAAACCCAUGAAAUUGGAUCUUCCUCGUUUCUAUGGCGAAGACCCCUAUGGCUGGUUGGCAAUGGCGUAG